CUUUCACUUAGAACGUCGCGAGAUCUUCACUCAUGCGAUAUGAUUGGUUGAAAGGCGCAGCCUGAGAGUUACGCCCACUGCUUCCUUGGAUCCCUGAUUGGUCUUCUCGAGAAGAAGGCCUCUAACGUCAACGAGCUCCCCCGGCGCCCAUUGGUGGAUGAGGCGGGGCUGCCGGCGCGCGGGCGCCGGCGCGGGCGUUCGAACCCGCGCUUGGUGGCGUUACCAUGGGGAUGCGGCCUGGCCGGCGCCUCAAAAACUGGUGAGUUGACAGCACGCCCGCCAACUUUGGGGCUCUCUCCUGUCGGCAUUGUCUUCUGUCCUCAGGGUUGACCGAGGGGGAACUUGGAAGCCACCGAGAAUUUAUAGAAACUUAUUCACAAAAAAUGACAUCCUGGUUGUAUGAAUGUCUUUGUGAAGCUGAACUUGCACAGUAUUAUCCUCAUUUUACUGCCCUUGGCCUUCAAAAAAUAGAUGAAUUAGCCAAGGUUACAAUGAAGGACUACUCCAAAUUGGGAGUGCAUGACAUGAACGACCGCAAACGCCUCUUCCAACUUAUCAAAAUCAUUAAAAUUAUGCAGGAAGAAGAUAAAGCAGUCAGUAGCCCAGAGCAUCCUCUUCAGACAAACAGCCUGUGCAGUAAACCUCAGGAAUCCAGAUCUGGUCCUCGCAGGCAACUGCAUUUUGAUUGUCCUGCUGACAAGGACAGAAUUACCAACAACAAUGGGUUUGAGAUGUGCAGUUUAUCAGAUUUUUCUGCUAAUGACCAGAAGUCUAGUUACCUAAAAGUGCUGGAGCACAUGCUGCCGGAUGAUCCCCAAUCCCCUACAAAAACAAGAAUUCUGAGUGCUGCAGCUACUGGUUCCUAUGUGCAAACAGAAACUAGCACUUCACUCUUUUCAUCAAAUCACUUUUCUCCACUACUGGGAGAUUAUGAUAUUCCCAUUAUUCAAAGAGUCGCUCAUGUUUCAGGGUAUAACUAUGGAAUCCCUCAAUCUUGUAUCAGACAGAACACCAUAGAGAAAGAGAAUCCUUGGACUGAGAUGGAAAAAAUCAGAGUUUGUGUUCGAAAACGCCCUUUGGGCAUGAGGGAGGUACGUCGUGGAGAAAUUAAUAUUAUUACCGUAGAAGACAAAGAAACUCUUCUAGUUCAUGAGAAGAAAGAAGCAGUUGACCUUACACAAUAUAUUCUGCAGCAUGUUUUUUAUUUUGAUGAAGUCUUUGGUGAAGCAUGCACCAAUCGGGAUGUAUACAUGAAGACUACUCACCCACUCAUUCAGCAUAUUUUCAAUGGAGGCAAUGCCACUUGCUUCGCAUAUGGACAGACAGGUGCUGGGAAGACCUACACCAUGAUAGGAACUCAUCAGAACCCAGGACUCUAUGCUCUGGCUGCCAAAGAUAUAUUCAGGCAACUAGAAAUAUCUCAGACAAGAAGGCACCUCUUCGUGUGGAUCAGCUUCUAUGAAAUCUACUGUGGACAACUUUAUGACCUCUUAAAUAGAAGAAAAAGGCUCUUUGCAAGAGAAGAUAGCAAGCACGUGGUACAGAUAGUGGGACUGCAAGAACUUCAGGUGGAUAGUGUGGAGCUCCUCUUAGAGGUGAUUCUGAAGGGCAGCAAGGAGCGCAGCACCGGGGCCACUGGAGUUAACGCAGACUCCUCCCGCUCCCAUGCUAUCAUCCAAAUUCAGAUCAAAGAUUCAGCCAAGAGGACAUUUGGCAGGAUCUCUUUUAUUGACUUGGCUGGCAGUGAAAGAGCCGCAGAUGCCAGAGACUCAGACAGACAGACAAAGAUGGAAGGCGCAGAAAUAAACCAGAGUCUUCUGGCUCUGAAGGAAUGUAUCCGCGCAUUGGAUCAGGAGCACACCCACACUCCCUUCAGGCAAAGCAAAUUAACUCAGGUUCUGAGGGAUUCUUUCAUUGGUGAUGCCAAAACCUGCAUGAUUGCCAACAUCUCACCAAGCCAUGUGGCCACCGAACACACUUUGAAUACCUUGCGUUACGCUGACCGGGUCAAAGAACUAAAGAAAGGCGUUAAAUGUUGUGCUUCAGCUACAAGUCGAAAUCAGACCUCUGGAAACUCUUCUCCAAAACGAAUUCAGGGCUCCCCUGUGGCCCUGCCGGGGGACAAGUGUUCUCCCAAAAAGGUCAAGCUGGGGCUUCAGCAGUCAUUCACGGCAGCUCCCGGCUCCAUGAGAGGGAAGGCCCAUCCUCUGGCCAGCCACCCACCCAACGUCCCUUUUGCACCUGUACCUAAAGUUCCCGGUAAAAGGCAUGGAUCCAGAGGGAGUCUUCCCCAAGAGUGGGUCGUUCAGACCAGCCCUGUCAAAGGAGCCACGCGGUCUGGACAGUUAGCCAAAAAAAGGGCGGAAGAGUCUGCGUCCUUGUGCUCUGAGAAAAAUCAAAUGGGCAACAAAAGUGCCCGCAGGUGGGGAAGCAAGGCGGCCGGCCCCGGAGAAGCCCCAGCGCGUGGGAAGCUGCCCUCCGAGUCCAAGACAGGGCAGCCUGUGCGGCCCGUGCAGCCGCGGCUGGCGUCACGGGCUGAGCUCUCCUCUGGCGGCCGCCGCCACUUAGCAGAACACGGUCAGCGCAGCGAGGGGAGCACACCGGCCAGGCUCGCCUCGGAAACGUGGACAGACAUCCCUCCACAUCAGGAGGAGAGGGAGGAACACUUGCGCUUCUAUCACCAGCAGUUCCAGCAGCCACCUCUCCUCCAGCAGAAGUUCAAGUACCAACCACUGGAAAGGUUCUUACGCCAGUUCAGGCCCCUGGAGGGGCAGCUCCAGAAUGAGACCCCUCCCCUCUUCUCUCAUUCCGAGAGCCAGGAUGGAGCCCAAGCUGAGGACCUUGAUGACAGCGAUUUCAGUGAAGAUUCUUUUUCACAUGUCUCCAGUCAGAGGACCACAAAGCAGAGGAACACCCUAGAGAACAGCGAAGGCUCAUUCUUCCUUCAUCAGAGGGAGCAAAGCCCUGAGGAACAGGUGGCUGAAAGGCAGCAGAGUCUGCUUUUUAACCCCAGGACAGAUGGUGACGAGAAGGGUCUAAUUGGAAACUGGAUGUACUCCAGGGACCCCACAAACUACAGAGGAGAAGCACUCAGUCAUGGCCACGGCCCAGAUAAGGUGCCUUUGGACUGGAGCAGAGAGGAGGAUUCUACCUCCUCGGGGCUUUCUCCCAGAGACAACCCGGCAGAGAAGCCUUACUGCUCCCAGGUAGACUUUGUAUAUGGCCAGAAAAUAGGUGGUGGCCCAGCCUUGGAACUCAGACAGAAUGCUUUCAAAAGUGAGGUUCUUGGGCAGGCAGAGGGUAGUUCACUCCCCCCGGAGGAAGAUGGUUUCAUUUUCUCACUAUCCCAUGGGGCAGUUCCAGGAUCUCCAGACCCGAGAGAGACAGUCAGCACACCUCUGAGAGAAAUUGGCCAAGACAGCCCAACUCUGGCGACCAGAACAAUGAAAAACAGUUACCCUUACCAAGAAGACUGUAGAGGGGAAUCAGGCACAUGCUCUGAAUAUGCUUCUGGACUGAUGGCUCCCCUCACCAUGUCCCUUCUGGAGAAUGCAGAUGAUGAGGGCCCUCUUCCCCUGGAGCGGCUGGCCCAGGAUGGGCUUGCUCACAGUCUAAUGGCAGCAGGGGGCCCAUCUGUGGGCCACACAGUGUCAGCUGGUGAUCAGAAGGCACUCCUGCCAGUGUCUUUGGCAGCUGGGCACUUGUGGCUCUCAUCAUCUCCCCCUGACAAUAAGCCGAGUGGUGAUCUUCCAGUUCUGUCCCCAUCACCCAUCCGUCAGCACCCACCUGACAAGCUGCCCAUCGAUGAGGCUGACCUAGGGGAGGUCUGCCAGAGCACAGAGCCUGCACUCUCCUCCCAGGAACAUGUGAGUAGCCAGCAGUAUGAAGCCGAUGCUGAGGCAGCAGAGCUGAGCAGCUCCCAGGGUUUCCCAGGAAAGCCCUUCCCCACCGUACAUACUGGAGGACCCCACCCUGCACCUCUAAUCACCCCAAGAACAAAAAGUAGUGAUAUGGCUGACCAGCCCUGGGCCCAGGAAAGAAAAUAUCCGACAGGACUUGGUUGGCAGGAGCUAAGUUUGCCGAGAGACCCCAUCAAGUUGCCUGGCUACCACAGGGACAUCAUGUGGCUCAAAUACAGGCCAAUCCCAAGGUGCUUAGCAAGACCAGGCUCUCCCCUGGUCCCUGGCUGCUCUCCAAAGACUGCAGGGACACUGCAUCAGCUCACCCUGGGGCCUGCACAGCAGGUGGUCAUCCGAGCACACCAGGAACAGCUGGAUAAAAUGGCAGAACUGGGCUUCAAGGAGGAGACCCUGAUGAGCCAGCUGGCUCUUAAUGAUUUUGAAGAUACUGUGACCCAGUUGGAUGAAAUCCUGGCUCUGAAAUCCAAGUGCAUCCAGAGUCUGAGGAGCCAGCUUCAGCUGUACCUGGCCUGCCACAGGCCGACCACAGCCCCUGAGAGGACAGUGGUGUCUUAGAACAAGAUCCAGUAUGAGGUGAUGGGAGCAGUUCAGGAGCCUGUGCUGAAUUCCCGGGGGCUGAAGGGGCCUCUGCCAGGCCCUCCUUACAAAUCCUAGAACCCACUCCCCGGUCCUGCCCAUGCUGGCCUCUCCCCAGCCACACAUGGCCUUGACUAGGCCCCAGCUCCUCUCUCAGGGCCAAGCCUCUGUCCCUCAGUUCCAAGCACAGGAGCAUCUGUAGGGAAGGACAGAGCAGCCUAAAAAACUUAAUAUACCCCUCCCUUUUCUGGGGGGCUAGAAGAGAAUUUGUCUUACCGACCCCUUGUCUGUGAAAACACAUUUGGGUCUAAUAACCUUGUGGAUGUUUCUGAGUUUGAGGACCAGAGGAUGGGGUGGGCCAGUGGUAACCUAGAGGUGAGAGAUCACAAGCUGGGGAAGAAAACAUGCUGAACUCAGGGGCUUUGUUAGCUGAAUUCUGUGCCCACAUCACUGCAUUACUCUUUCAAUAGCACUCCUGCCCCUGGAGCAGUUCCAGGCUCCUGACUCCUCACCUGCCAUGCCCACUCGUGGCAAAGUUGAAGUGGAGGAUCUCCUCACCCUACCUUUAUCCAGCAUCACCCUGGCUGUCCACUCCCUCUCAAGGGCCUGUGUUCGGUUGUAUCUUGGCACUGAGAGCCCUAGUCAACAGUCGGAGACUCUGAGGCAGAAUUUUUAUACACACACCCCUUCACGUGAGUUCUGCCUGCUGUGUAUCUUUUCAUGAGAAAGAAGCUCCAGACAAAUACAAAGUGGUCUGCCACUUCCUAGGGCCACCCUGGGUCAAACAAGACGCAGGUGUCACAGCCUUGGCUCUGAUGCCCAUUGUAAUGUGUGGAAACUUCAGUUUCUUACAGGGAAAAGGAUACCUUUUUAAGGUUUCAAAAGGAGGGCUUAAUUAAAAGGGUAGCGGAAGGCGCCUGGGUGGCUCAGUUGGUUAAGCGACUGCCUCCGGCUCAGGUCAUGAUCCUGGAGUCCCGGGAUCGAGUUGCUCGGCAGGGAGUCUGCUUCUCCCUCUCCCACCCCCCAUUUGUGUUCCCUCUCUUGCUGUGUCUUUCUCUGUCAAAUAAAUAAAAUCUUUUUAAAAAAUAAAUAAAAAAAAUAAAAGGGUAGCGGAAGGGCUGACUGGCUUUCUGAGACUACAGCCCUGCCACCCUUUGCCUGAACUGAGCACUAGAGGGCGGCCUCUUCCCAGCUUCGUGGCCCAAAGGCUCUGCCAUCUCCUCACAUGAUCACUAAAAGAAUGAGACCCACUGCCAGCCAAGAGCACUAGAGGGACUGUGGGAUGGCAUUAAGUAUAAGGACAAGAAACUUCAGGGAGGAAUCUAGUUCUCUCAGCUACAGCAGCACCGCUGAGAGCUGGUGAAGCAGUCUGAAUCCACAGGAAAAGGUACUUCCUCAUUUCUGAGUGAUUGCCCCAAAAGCCCAGACUGUCUCACCUCCACAGUCAGUCUCGCAGGAAGGCAUGUCCUUGGUUCCAGAGACUGAGCUAGGUCAGGUUUAUAAAGCCAGGGCCGACUGCGGGGCCAGCUCCUGGGUCCCACAGGCCUAUAGCGGGAAGAGAGUACUAAAAAGACAGAAAAUGGUUAGUGCCGGUUUCAUCCCCAGCAAAUCCAAGCAGGAAUCCCUUCCCCACCCACCCCAACCCCUCAGUAAAAUAGCACUUGGCAAUAAAGAAAUUAUCACAGCAGGACAUACCUUUUAGACUUUUAUUAGUAGUUUUCUGAAGAAUCAAAAUAGUUAGCAAAUUAGAUUCAUCAAGACUGUAUAUCCUUUGUAUUUAGAUCUUUAAUGAUGUACAACAGAAUAUAAAACAAAGGAAAGAGACUGAUUUCUAUGACUAGGUGUUAACUCAUUGUGACAUCCUAGAGCAGGGGGCUGGAGGGAGAGGCUGUUCUCCAAGGAGAACCGAGGUGGAGUUAGUGCUGGGCUACUCUAUUGCAGCCUGUUUCUCCCCCACUCAGUAUGCUGGGAAGGGGCCAAUGAUUUCUUAAACUGAUGACUGUUUCCUUGAGCAGGAGGCUCUAAAAUCCUGGGUAGCAGAGGACUGUGGUCCAAACCAAGCCAAACGAAACAGGCUGGGGCAGGGAAGCAUGAGAACUGCCUGGCAGACGAGGCCAACUCAGCACCCCAUGGGGAAAGGGCAUUCUUUGCACCUCAGAGACAUUGCAGAACCAGUGUAACACUAAGAGACUUUGUUAAAAGGAGGAGGAAAAAAAAAAAAACCCUGGAAGAACCUUUUCAAUUGCACUCAACUUGGAUUAGAGUUCAGUCCACCAGUGCAGGGGAGGGAAGCAUCUAGCCCUAAAGCAGCACUGAGUCUGGCCCUCCCACCCCUUCUC